CUAAACUUUUUCACUCAACCACAAAACCAUUGACUCUUUCUUCAUACCUUUUGAGCUAAUUCCACAAGUUUUAGAUAGAAAAAAAAAAUGCAGGCAUCUAAAGUUGCAGUGUUUUCAAUGGUACUUGUGCUUCUGGUCUGUGGAGCACAAUUUUCAGAGAGUGCAACGUGCACCCCAACUGCACUCAGCCCUUGCAUGUCUGCCAUCUCGUCAGGAACUCCCCCGUCGAAACUGUGCUGCAGUAAGAUCAAGGAGCAGCAGCCUUGCCUUUGCCAGUAUCUCAAGGAUCCCAAUUUAAGGAAGUUUGUUAACUCUCCAAAUGCAAAGAAAAUUGCUUCCACUUGUGGGGUUCCUCAGCCCAAAUGUAAAUGAUUUUCAAGGCCCUUAUUUCCAAUUUCCAUAAAGAGUGAGUAAAUGAGAAUAACGGUGCAACUUUUGUUUGUCUACCUAACUAGCUGCACUAUCGAAUAAGUCUAGGUAUUGACUGGUUCAGUCUUACUGAACUGGGGUGCUCAAGAUUUGUACUGAAUGUACUAAUAUUUCUAUUAUAAUCGAGACAAAUUGAAAUGGGAUUUUCUAUUUGUAAA